AAAACUCAUCACGCGCAUAUGGUUAACUACCAAAGCCCAGCUACAGCUAGCCUGCCCUGUCUGGCCGUGAAUCCAGAUCCCAAAAUUGCAAGCGACGAUCGAGAGAGGAAAACAAAACGAAAACUUAAUCAGGCCAGUAAUUAACCCGUCAUCUGUCUCCAUCCACACUGCUAUAUAAGCCUGCGCCGUUGUACUCUACCUAGGCUCGUCCAGUCCAGACAGCCGCGUCAGCACUCGCUCCAAUAAGUCCUAGCUAGCAAGAUCCAUCCAUCCAGCCAGCCGGCCGGCCUGCCACUCGGUCCGGAUGGAGGGCGCCGGCGAGGAGAUGGCGCGGCGGCUGUGGGCGGAGCUCCCGGUGCGCGUGGACUGGGCGGCCGUGGCGGCGCAAUGCGCGUACGCGUGGGCGCAGGCCAGGGCGUUCCUGGUGGUGCCCGCCGUGCGGCUCCUCGUGUUCGUCUCGCUCGCCAUGACCGUCAUGAUACUGCUCGAGAAGCUCUUCGUGGCCGCCGUCUUCCUCUCCGUGAAAACCUUCCGCCGCCUCCGCCCCGAGCGCCGCUACCGCUGGCAGCAAAUAACCGCCGGAGACGGAGAAGACGAGGAGGCUGGCCUCAGCGGCAGCGCCGCGUUCCCCGUCGUGCUCGUGCAGAUCCCCAUGUACAACGAGCGCGAGGUGUACAAGCUGUCGAUCGGGGCGGCAUGUGCGCUGGAGUGGCCGUCCGACCGCGUCGUGAUACAGGUGCUGGACGACUCCACGGACCCCGUUGUGAAGGACUUGGUGGAGAUAGAGUGCCAGAGAUGGAAGGGCAAAGGUGUGAACAUCAAGUACGAGGUCAGAGGGAACCGGAAGGGGUAUAAAGCCGGUGCGCUUAAGGAAGGAUUGAAGCACGACUAUGUCCAAGAAUGCGAGUACAUUGCCAUGUUCGAUGCUGAUUUUCAGCCAGAGUCUGAUUUUCUCAUGAGAACCGUCCCAUUCCUUGUGCACAACCCGGAAAUCGCCCUAGUUCAGACUCGCUGGAAAUUUGUUAAUUCUGAUGAAUGCUUACUGACAAGAUUCCAAGAAAUGUCACUGGACUACCAUUUCAAGUUUGAGCAAGAGGCUGGGUCUGUAGUAUACUCGUUUUUCGGUUUCAACGGGACAGCUGGUGUCUGGAGGAUCUCGGCCAUUGACGAUGCUGGGGGCUGGAAGGACCGGACAACUGUCGAGGACAUGGACCUGGCUGUUCGCACAGCAUUGCAGGGCUGGAAAUUUGUUUACGUCGGUGACGUAAAAGUCAGGAGUGAGCUACCAAGCACAUUCAAGGCAUACCGAUUUCAGCAGCACAGAUGGUCUUGUGGACCUGCAAACCUGUUCAAGAAAAUGUUGAUGGAGAUCUUAGAAAACAAGAAAGUGUCAUUUUGGAACAAAAUCCACCUCUUGUAUGAUUUCUUCUUUGUCGGGAAGAUUGCUGCUCAUACAGUGACAUUCAUGUACUAUUGCUUUGCGAUCCCAUUGUCAGUUUUCUUCCCUGAGAUUCAGAUUCCUCUUUGGGGGGUGGUUUAUGUUCCAUCAGUUAUUACCCUCUGCAAGGCUCUUGGAUCACCAAGUUCAUUUCAUCUGGUGAUCCUCUGGGUCCUUUUUGAGAAUGUUAUGUCGUUGCACCGGAUAAAAGCAGCAGUAACUGGUCUUCUAGAUGCUGGACGAGUCAAUGAGUGGGUUGUCACUGAGAAAUUGGGAGACGCCAGCAAGAUAAAGCCAACCAUUGAUGUAUUAGAUGCUGUGAAAGUGAUAGAUGUCGAGCUAACAACGCCCCUAGUACCUAAGCUCAAGAAAAGGCGAACAAGAUUCUGGGAGAAGUACAACUGCUCAGAAAUUUUUGUUGGAACCUGCAUAAUUAUCAGUGGUUGCUAUGAUAUGCUUUAUGCAAAGAAGGGAUACUACAUCUACCUUUUCAUUCAAGGGAUAGCAUUCCUCGUUGUUGGUUUUGAGUAUAUCGGCACGCGCCCUCCUCGCACUGAAUAAGCUGCCACGAGCUGAUAUGCAUGGUCAUGAUAAACUGCAGCAAGUAAAGCCCCUCUCCUGCACAUAUCAACCUCAGAACAUAAUGAUAUACUGAGCAUUCUUCCCAUCAGUCUUGGUCAGAUUUGAUCCAACUAUUCUUUACUUCCGAGAAGGCUAUUCAUGUAGCAUCGCCGUUUUUCUGAUAGUAACAUUAUUUACUGAAGCACCAUGACAGAAAGAUUGGUGCAGCAGCAUUCCAUUCAGAUCCUGUAGAAAUGCAUCCCAGGCCUGCAAGAAUAACAGCAGCUGUAAAUGAAAUAACAUGCUUUGCCAAUUACUGUAGAUUCUCCAAAAUUAGCCUACCCUUCCAUGCAAAUGUACUGAUAUAGAUUGUUCAGACAUGUAAUAGAGGACCAUUAGCACCUCCAGUCUAUAUCCUGUGUACUAGGCCAAAACUUGUAAAUGUACAUUUUUGCUGAACACCAAUAAUUCUGUCAAAUUCACAGAUUUCGAAGUGCACUAUGAAA